GCAGCAUCCAUCGUCAGCAUCUUCAAGUCACACUUUUUCUUAUUUUCGCAAAAACCUUCAAAAACCCGUUCCGGUCUGUUUUCUCCUCUCGAAACCCUCGAUCGUUGCCGCGAAACAGCUCCGGUGACCUAAAAUCGUUCGACGAAACGGUUUCUCUUCCUCCUUGUCGUUUUCACUUUUCACGUCGUUCAUUGCAUCUAUAGGUCUUCGUUUGUUCUGCAUUGUACGGAUUCUCUUCCGAUCGACGAUUCAGCUUCCGUUUGGGAUAUCUCAGCAGGAUAACUUCUCUAUGUUGCAAUCGAAUAGUGCUGGUGGAGAAGACAACCCUGAUUUUAAGUGGGGUGCUAAGAGAGGGGUGGGACGGAAAGAUAAUAAAGUCCGGUUCUAUGAAUCAUUUACCCUUGAGGGCAUCGAGUACCGGCUUUUUGACUGUGCUUACUUUUACGUACAUGGUCAAUCUGAGACUUCAAUCGGGAAGCUUGUCACAUUUACCAGACAUCAACAGGUGAGAAGAAAGUCAAGGUCAUUUGGUUUUUCGACCUAUCGACAUCCAGCGCUUCUUGGGAGAGUAUGAGCCACAAUGGGAUGAGUUGUUUCUGGCUUGUGGUGAUGAAAAAGGGGUUUCCAAUAUCAAUGAUGUGGAGACCAUCAUGGGGAAAUGCAAUGUUGUAUGCACAUCUGAUGACCGAAGAAACCCACGACCAGGAACCAAGGAGCUGCGGAGAGCUAAAUAUAUCUUCUCCCGCACUUUUGAUACAAGACUCAGAAUUAUAUCAGAAGACUUUGCAGAUGCUAUAGCCGGAAUUGGAGUGGAUAAACUCUUCAACAUGAGAAGAGAUAAACAGCCUGUAAAACGUCUAAACUCAAGCGCAGCUGCCAUUACUAGGGCUUCUCCAGUUAAAUCUUUUCGUCCAGAUUUGGGAUCAACAAAGUUAGGUAAACAUGAUAACAGAGAUGCAAAGCUGAUGAGUAGAACAAGCUCGUUAAAGAAAGUCACUUUUCUGGAGGACCGUGCUGAUCAUGUACAUGUGAAAAGGAACCCUCCUGUCAAUACUGAAACCACUACAAGAGGUCAGAUACCGAUACUCAAAACAAGAGCAUUUGGGGAGUUAUAUGCUUCAGGUUCAUCAGUGAAUGCUAAGCCUUCUAAAAAGAGAAAGCUUAUACUCAACACGCCAGAAACAGAUGAUUCAGAUGAUCAAGGCCCUCAAUCAGGAGAGAAGAAAUUAAUUAAAAAUCCUCCUCUUGUAGAAAAGGCUCCAAGUCAGAACAUCGAGAAAAAAAGCUGGUACAAGAAACUGCCUUUUGAGGACGAACUAAAGCCGGCUAUAGAAAAAGGUAGGGUGCUCUUAAUUGAGAACCUGGAACCAUCAUACACAUCGCUGGAGGUAGAGUUUCUUUUUAGGCAAGCAUUCAAAGAAGGAGUUGAUGCUAAGAUGAUCCCUUCAAGUCCCAUGUCUAGCCCACAUAGUGGUAUAUGCAGGGCUCUUGUGAUUUUUGGAACCACAAAGGCAGCUGAUUCUGCUAUGUCGCGGUUAAAUGAAGAUUGUCUGAUGUUAUCUGGCCAGAGAGCUCUAACGGGUAGCAAAAAUGUCCCAGUCGAAAUUGGAAGAUGUAGAAGCUUUACUGGCCAUUUUAACAUGGUGGAUAGAUCUCUGAUGACGGCUCAGAAGGUAAGUUGUUGCAUUACUCUGCGCUUAUUUUCAGUUGUCAUUUCACUUGUCAUGGUCACACAUCGAAAGCCCAACAGCCCAUGCCAAAUUACUGAAUAUUACAAAUUGACCCCACUAUUUAGUCUUAUAAUCGUAAACAGACCCCAUAAAUUCGUAAAUUUUCAGCCACAUCCAUAA